AGUAUAUUGGUUUCCUAAACGCAAUCUACCGUCGAUAAAUUGCAAAUAGAAGAGAAGACUAUACACUGUAAUUACAAAAGAUCGUUUAAACAUCAAUUAUCAUUUGUUGAUUAAACUAUGGUAACUUGUUAGAGCAAUCAAAGCAAAAAAAAAAUCAAAUUUAACUUCAUAAAAAAAUAAGGGUAUCAUUAAUAUUGAAAGAAUGCUAGAAACUUGCAGAAACCAGAUGGUCUUGUCAUCGAGAAACCGCUUGUACUUAAUAGUUUAAAAAAACAACAACAGAAGAUAUGACAUGAUAUGACAAAACGAUAAAACUACAGCCCUUAAAAGAAGAGAGAAAAAAAAAAGGAAAAAAGAUGCGAUGGCUCAGAUUGCUAUGUUUACUAUGGUUAUUAAGUUUCAUUGUUUUAAUCAGUAUCAUCUGGAUUAAUCUUCAUAAAAAGAUUGAAUAUAAUAAUUGGAUAUAUUUUUCGAAAGAAUAUAUGAUAGAUGACUUCACGGAAUUGCAAAGAAUACAAAAAAAAAACCUAAGCGCAUGUGUCUUACCAUCUCUAAAUGCCUUUAGUCAAGAUGUGAAGAGGUUUAUAAAACCAGUUGAUAUAAAAUGUUCGGUAAAACGGUAUGGUAAAGUUACAAAAGAUGGGUGGUAUUUUUUAAUGCCAUUAGAUAAUAAUAUUAUCUCUAAUGUUAGCAUAAGAUAUAUUUAUAGACACAAACCGAGCAAAGAUUACAUAAACGAAGAUUUUGCUGUGAAAUUAUCAGACCCUACGUAUGUGAGUGUUGACGAGAAAGGUUAUUUCAAGCAUAAACUUGAAGAUGAUUUUAUUAAAGUUGAUUUUUAUGUUAAUGAUGUUUACCAUUUUGAAUAUCACGCCCAUAUCAGUUAUCGCUCCCAAGAGGAAUUCAGAAAAACUGCAAAGAAAAGAAAAGAUGUAAAUGGUUUAGGAUUGGAUGUUGUCUUUUUAAUGAUUGAUUCUCAAUCAAAUGCUAACUUUCAUCGCCAGCUUAAAAAGACUACACCACAACUUUUAAAAGACCAGAACACUAUUAUUUUAAAUGGACACACAAUAGUUGGAGAUGGUACAACCGCUCAACUUGCUGCUAUUCUUAUAGGUGAACAUGAAAAAAAUCUUCCUGAGUCUAGACGCAGUAUGCCUAAUUCUGGCACCUGUGACCAAUUUAACUUUAUAUUUAAGGACCUUCACAAAGCUGGUUAUCUCACAAUGUUUAGUGAAGAUGAUCCACAGUGGAAUACCUUUCACUAUCGUCUACACGGUUUUAAUAAUUUGCCAACAUCUUGGUAUCUUCGACCAUUUUGGUUAGCUCAGAAUCCCUCUGCUAAAUGUGACGUUGAAUACAACAAUAUUCUUCUUAAAACGUUCACUGAGGUUUUUGAAGAUUUUCCAAAAGUGUCUCUGGUAAUAAACUCAGCGAUUGGACACAAUGAUAUUAAUGCAUUACAGGUAAUUGAUGAUGACAUACUUGAAAUAAUAAAUUAUUUCAAAAACCCAAUUAGAAUUGAUCAUACAAUCCUUAUAAUAUUUGGAGAUCAUGGUGCACGCGUUGGUGAAAUUCGCUCAACAGUACAAGGAAAGCUAGAGGAAAGACUGCCUUUUUUGUCGAUUACUUUACCUCCUGACUUUAAGAUAAAGUAUCCAAAAAUUUUUGCAGCUCUAAAGAAAAAUUCAAAUAUAUUAACAAGUCACUUUGACAUUUAUGCAUCGCUUCAACAUAUGCUCAGUUAUCCAGAUCUACCAAAUAAAACUUUUAUUGGUCAGAGCUUAUUUACUGAAAUUGAUCCUGGUGUAAGAACUUGCAAAAAUUCUGGUGUUGAAGACCAUUGGUGUCCAUGUUUAAAUUAUAAAACUCUUUCAGUAGCAGAAUUAAUGGUAAUUAAUGUUACACAGGCAGUUGUUAACUUUAUCAACGGUUUAAUACAUAAAAAUGAAAAAGCUCAAACUCUUUGUUCAAAUUUAACGGUACAAACCAUUUUAUCUGCAGGUUUAAAAACCCCCAAAAAUGAGGUCACACAAUUUAUAAAAACAAAUAGAAACAAAGAUUGUGAUUCAUGUGGCGUUGUUUACGAUACCUCUAUUGCACAAAAGCAAUACUACGAAGUUAUUUUCACAGUUUAUCCUAGUAACGGAGCAUUUGAAGCCAAUGCAGAUGUUUUAACAGACAAUACUAUAGUAGUUGAUCCAAAUAUUAGUCGAAUAAAUCUAUAUGGAAAUCAAUCUCAUUGUAUAUUGAAUGAUUUUCCUCAUCUUCGCCCUUAUUGCUAUUGCGUUUAAUUUUUAUAAAUCUUUUUUUAAUUUUUUCGAACUUUUUGUCUUUGGGUACUUGAUAAACUUUCAAGUUACAAAUUUGUGAAGAUAUUGUUUGUUAAAAAAUUUAACCAAAUGCUGCAUCUCUCCAACAUAUACUGGACACUCCAAGAUUUUUUAUUUCAAACUUUAUACAUUAUUAUACAAGUUUGUUUACUGAAAUGAAUCUCAAGCAUCAAAACUUGUCUGUUGUUUAACGCUAGGAAAUGAAUUUGUAAAAUAUGUUGUUCAAAUAGUUUAAAUGUUUAUAAACAAUUUAACAACAAAUAAAAAAUUUGUGUACACCGCACAGUGAUCUAAAAACGUCGCUUUUAAGACAAAAAUUA